ACUCCUUCAUAGCGGUGCCAAGAAGCUAAAGAGAAUGAGUGCGAUAGACACGCGCAUGCGUAUACACCCGCGGGGGGGGGAGCGAGGUAGGUGUAGAAUCCGGCGCUCCGUCAAGUCAGGGAAAGUGGGGGAGGGGCUCCUCGCCGGAGCAGGUGGUGUCAGCGCACUCCUCGCCCCCUUCUGCAGCGCUCCGCUUUCCCCCUCUAUGAGAUUCGUUUGCGAGGGGGACGGCGCCGGUUCUGAUUCUGAGAAGGACGCGAUGGAAAAAAAUUGAAACAGAGGUCAUUUGAGGUUACUUAUGUCAUCUCAAUUCACCAAUCUACAAAGCUGGGAGCCUGGGUUCCGUGCUAUAAUUGUUUUGCUGAACAGAUUGUUCUUUGCAUUUGAAAUCUUUAACAAAGAAUGGCCCUGUGGUGCUGGUAAAACACAAUUCACACAGAAAAGCUGUUGUCACAGGUCUUCCAAUACAGAGAAAGGAAGGUUGAUUUGAGUGGGCAAUGAUUAGAGAGACAAUGAAGGCUUGGAGUGACAGCCAGUUGGACCUUUACAACAGUGACCUAGAAGAAGAAGAAGAGAUGAUUUUUGGAGAAAAUGAAGAUGACUUGGAAGCAAUGAUGGACUUAAGUGACCUGCCUACCUCACUUUUUGCUUGUAGUGUUCAUGAAGCAGUAUUUGAAGUUCAAGAACAAAAGGAACGAUUUGAAGCGCUUUUCUCCGUCUAUGAUGAUCACGUUACAUUCCAGCUAUUUAAAAGUUUUAGAAGAGUAAGGAUAAACUUUAGCAAUCCGGAAGCAGCAGCGAGGGCACGGAUAGAGCUACACGAGACCGACUUUGGUGGGAAAAAGUUGAAGCUGUAUUUUGCUCAGGUUCAGAUGCCCAGUGAAGUGGAAGACAAAUCCUAUCUCUUGCCCCCACAGCCUGUCAAACAGUUUCUGAUCUCACCACCUGCCUCUCCACCUGUAGGAUGGAAGCAGAGUGAAGAUGCUACACCUAUGAUAAACUAUGACUUGCUCUGUGCGGUUUCGAAAUUGGGGCCUGGGGAGAAGUAUGAGCUUCAUGCAGGAACGGAAUCCACACCCAGCGUGGUUGUCCAUGUGUGUGAAAGCGAAACAGAAGAGGAGGAUGAAGUUAAAAAUCCCAAGCAGAAGAUUGUGCAGACAAGGCGUCCAGAUCCACCUUCCGCAUUGCUAAGUGAAACAAAAACUUUUGAAUGUACACUAGAGGUAGGGGGUGGGAUGCACUUUUGAUCGGUGGCGAUCUAACAGCAGUAGUGGGUGGAAAUCAUGUUUGUGUUGCUUCAUGAUGUGCAGCAGCAGCAGACAUACAGUCAUCUCGCAUCAAAAAAGACUUUAGAUGCCAACGUUCUGAAGAGCACUUUAAGGUUUUAACUCCCGAGAUGUAGCAACUCCUUUGGGGUUCUGAGUCCUAGCACACUAGACUAGGAGGAUGCCGUUUUGGAAUGUGUGUAUUGCCAUUUUCUUGGUGUAUGAAAAAAAGGCUGGAAGAAACUCAGAUGCUGCCAUCUUUGUAUCGGUUGCCACGUGGUUUUGUACACGAGUUUCUUAUGUAUAUUUUUGUGUGCGUUAUCCAGUUAACAUGAUGAUGUUCAAAGUAAUAUAUUGAUAAAAAAAUAUUAUGUACAAUGUACAUUGUUAUCAAGUAGAGAAAUCUCUUUAAACGGUUUGGGGGUUUAGAAGCAAAUCUCCAGGUCUGUUUUGUGCUUUUGAUUUCCCUUAGAAAUGCCAUAGUUUUGUGUGUGUGUGUGUGUGUGUGUUGAAUUUCAAAGUACUAUUGUGAAUUAAUGUGAGGCAAAACCCACAAGUCUAAUAGGCUGUCUUUGUGCUCACUGCAACUGUGAAAACUGAAAUACAAGCAGGAAAGCUGCAUAUUAGAGGCCAACUCCCUCUUUUGUAUUUGUUUCCUAAUGUUUCUUAGGAUGUGGCUUUUCCAAACGGAGUAUAUUUAUGUAAGCUGGCGGUGGGAAUAAAGCAGUCCGUACAGCUUCUGGCAA